AUGGGACUCGUACUAAAUCCAACGAGUGCCCAAUUCAAGAAAUGUCCAAAAAGACUUAUAUCGGAAUACUCCGAUAGACUGUUGCAGCUGAGAGCUCGAAUCAAGCAAUGGUGGGAUACCCUCCCUGCAACCGAGGAAUGUCGUGACCUCUGCUCCCAAGGCCCAUUAUUUCGACAAAACUCGCAUUUGAAAUUGUGCUAUCUUCUCAUCUAUGUCUAUAUGGGCCGCCCAUUUAUAUUCGUCGAAGACAAAGCAGAAGGUGGGAUUGAUGCAAUGCCGGCCGCAGAUCUUGAUACUUGCCAAUCACGUCGAUCAGCAUUAGUCUACGAUUGUGUGGCUAGCGCUUUGGACAUUCUCAAUACUCUGCAAUCCCUAUCAGAUCACGUUGGUCUAUGCCGCGCUUCCUAUAACGAAUUCGGUGCGUGUAGAGCAGCCCUACUUGUCAUCCUUGCCGAAAGCCUCAAUUCUGGGAAGUCACAGAGGCUCCAGGAUGGUCUUCAACGCGGAAUGAGUCUCAUACGCCAAAUGAUUGGAGGCAGCUCUACACAAUCCGAGACUUCGUAUAUUGAAGCAAUCGAAGCGGCAAUCAGUCAAUAUUUAGCUGCCCCCGAACAUGACUCUGUGAAUCAGUCAAAUACGAGCCAAAGUCCCAUUUCUGCAUACACCAGAUUCCAGGAUUGGACAAAAACACUGAAAAAAGAUACAUCUACGGCAGAGAGCCGAGAUCUGGCGUCGUUCAGCCCCCUAUCACAUCUCACGCCCGGAACAGAAAGACUUGCAAAUCCCCAAUUGAAUGAUAUUACCGACUUCUUCAAUCCAGAGUGGUCAAAUGAAGAUCUUGGACUUGACACAAAUAUUCUUUCAUUGCUGUCCGGAUGA